UUAUUUUUUCCCUCUUGUUUUUCUUAAACUACUAGGGUUUUUUCUUUUCUCGUCCAUUUUUAGGGUUUUUCUCUCCUCUCUGAUUUAUCACUCUAAAUCAAAAUCAAAUCAAGACCCUUUAUUUAUUAAUAAUCCAACUAGCAAUGCCUCAUGAAUUAGCGUUUGAUUUUUCUUGAAGUACCAUGGCUGCUGAUGUUUCAGUAAAGAAGGAAGCCACAGUGAAUAAUCCAUGCUGCAAAGUGUGGAAAGAGAAGUGCGGAAAGUUGGAAGAAGGAAGGAAGUGUUUGAGGCAAGCAGUUAAGCUUUUGACUGAACAAGCUGAUAAGUUUCAAGCUGAGAAUGUUAGUCUCAAUAAAGCUUGUGAGGAAGAGAGAGCGAAGGUGGAAGCUGCAAAAGAGGGGAGAGAAAAAGAAGCGGCUUUGAGAGUUAAAUUGGAGAAAGAGAUUUCUGCCCUCCAGUCUGAAGUAUCCACCUUACAUCAGAAGGGAAAUGCAUUUCCAGAAGUUGAAAAUACAGAGGUUAAGCUGCUUCAAGAUCAGGUUUUUAAAGGAGAGAAGGAAAUCAGUAGGCUUAAGGAGCUUCUUGAGAGAGAGAAACUAAGAGCAGAUUCUGAAAAGAAGAAUGCUGAAGUGGAAAAGAAGAGUGCUGCUGAUGCAUGGAAGCAUGUAAAAGCUGAGAAAGAGGGGAAAGAGAAAGAAGCGGCUUUGAGAGUCUCUUUGGAAAAUGAGAUUUCUGCCCUUAAGUCUGAAAUAUCAUCCUUACUGCAGAAGGGAAGUAUGGUCGAUGAAGACAAAAAUGGGGAGGUUAAGCUUCUUCAAGAUCAAGUUUCUAAAGGGGAGAAGGAAAUCAGUAGGCUCAAGGAGCUUCAUGAGAGAGAGAAGACAAGGGCGGAAUCUGAAAAGAAGAAGGCUGAGGUGGAGAGGAAGAGAGCUGCUGAAGCAUGGCAACAAGUGAAAACUGAAAAGGCUAAGGCCGAUGAAGAGAGGAAGCAUGCUAGUAGUGAGUGGAAGAAGGCUGAGGAAUAUCGGCUUCAGUUGGAGACAUUGACGAAAGAAGCUGAGCUGGCAAAAUCUAAGUUGGCUUCUGAAACUUUGAAGUUUGAAGAGGCAAACAAGAAGCUUGAAGCAGAAAAACUCAAGGUGACAAAAGAGAAAAAGCAUGCUGAUUCAGAGCUGGCAAAAGCAGAGGUGCAUAGAAAGCUUGCAGAAGCAAACUGGAAGAAGCUCAUGGAAGAGAAAUCUCACACUGAAAAUAUUUGCAAGCAGUUGGAAGAUGCGAGAAAAAGAAUUGAGAAACCACAGAAGGCUGAGGAAUAUCAGCGUCAGUUAGAGUCUUUAAAAAAAGAAGCUGCUGAGUCAAAAUCAAAAUUGGUUGCUGAGACUCUGAAGCUUGAAGAUGCAAACAAAAUGUUAGAAGCAGAAAAAGCUAAGGUGAUGAAAGAGAGAAAACGUGCUGAUUCAGAGGUCACUAAAGCAAAGGAGCAAAGGAAACUUGCUGAAACAAAUGGAAGGAAGGUCAUAGAGGAAAAGUCUCGUGGUGAUAAUCUUUCUCGGCAGUUGGAAGAUGCUAGAAUAAAGAUUAAGGAACUGGAGAAGGGGAUAAAUGGAUUCAUACAGUCCAAAAGUAUGGGUGGGACUUUUGAUGAUCAACAUGAUGAAAUCACGAAUGGUGAAGAUGCCACAAUUAGGGAUUCAUUGGAAAAUUUGAAGAACAAUUCAGAUCAAUCAAAGCUGGUUUUGGAGUUCUUAAAUAACAAGGAAGCAACCAAAAGGUUAGAUAUUGAGAAGCGAAAAGCUAUUACUGAGAAAAAACGUGCAGAUUCAGAGAUGGUGAAAGCAGAAAAGCUAAGAAACCUUUCAAAAAUGAAUAGGAAGAUAGCAGCAGAAGAAAAAUCCCGUGCUGAUCAGCUGUCUCGGCAGCUUGAUGAAGAUAAAAUAAAGAUUGAAGAAUUGCAGAAGCAGAUACAGGAACUCCAAUCCUCCAAAAAAGUUGUUGUGGCUUCUUCAGUUUUACCUGACAAAGUUAUGAAUGUGGAAAAGACAAAACUGAAGUUCUUGGAAAAGCAAGUGAAGCUAGAAAAGAUGCGAUUAAAGCAUGCCAAAGUAGUGGCUAAGAUGGAAAAAAACCGGAAUAGUUUUCUUCAGCAAGAACUAGCUCGCUUGAAGCUUGAUGUUGGUCAAAUGUUGUUUCGCCUUGAUGUACUGGAUAGAUAUUUCUCAUCCAGCGAUGGAGGUACAGAGAAAAUGGAAAAGUUUGGAAACCACGGAACCAUGCAAAGGUCAAAGUUGAACAGAAAACUGUGUGCAGAAGAACAAUGUCAGAUGUAUUCUAAUAAUGAAAGUGAACUUCUGAAGCCUAGUUGCUUGGCUUUGGCUGUCUCUGAACCUCCCACGCAAACACUUCACUGUACAGUUCCGUUGGUUUCUCCAUCCAGUGGGAACUAUGCUGCUUCCAUCUCAGGUAUUGAUUCUAAAUUGGAGUCUCUGCUUGGAGGCUCUAACCAAAAACUGUUACAGACUUCUGCAAUAAAUUCCAGUUCGGCAUCUUUUUCUGAUGGUCAGUUGGUCGGCUCACAGGAAAGGGGUCCAUUUUUUCCCACAUCAAAGAACUUGGUAGAAGAUAACUUUAGGGCGCAGACAACAAUUUCUGGAAUGUCUGAUGAAGUCACUAAAGUACAGCACAAUGAAAAUCUUGCUGUGGUAGCUGACAAUAGUGUUAGAAGUCCUCCUAGCUUUGACGUGAUUGGAAGAGUUAAUAGACAUGGUAGGAAGAGGAGGAUCCUUGAUGCAGUUGAAUCUGUUGAACUUUUGUAUUCGGAGGGUAAGAAGCUGCACCUGCAGAUGGAAGAGAAACUCUCUGCCUUGCAUGGUAUAUUAAACAGGCAAAUUGAAAAACCAAAGGAAGAAGCCAAAUAUGUAGAACCUAAUUUGCAAGGUGGUUCAUAUGAUAAGCAUGGGAGGAUUCAUAAGAAAAGAAAGAUAUCUCAUGAAGAGAAUGUAAUUGUCCACCGUUUAUCUGGCAUAGAUCAGCUGGAGAAGACUGAAAUAGCUGGGAAAGAGGUCCAUGAAGAUGCAAAUGCCUGUGGAUAUAUCUCCACUACUGCCAAUAAUUUAUUGGAAGCCUCAAAGGCAUGCAGGGAAGGUUUGGGUUAUUCUUUUGAAAGUAGCCUUGAAGGUAUGGUAAGUUUUGAGGAAGUAGUCAAUGGGGAUUAUAUGAAAUUGUUGGACCUGGAUAACACUGCAGAUGAGGAAUGUUACAGGAGAGCAAUGAAAAUGCCUAUGUCCCCUAUUCUUCCUGAGAUAGGGUCUUCAAGUGCUGAAAUAUCUGAUAACAUGGAUAAUUUUAAACCCAUGCUUGAUGAAAGCUUCCCUGGAAGUUUACCUAGUGGAAAGGAAUCUCUAGUGCCUUCUUUCAGAUUAGAUGUCAUUGUUGCUGAAAUUAGUUCCAAACAAUUAAAAGACUGCUCCUUUGGAAUUUCCUGUGCUGAUGGACUGCAUGAAAAUGAAGGCCAUGCAGAUUCCCUUGAUACAUUAGGCAAUAGAAGUGGCACUGGUAACGAUGUUGAUGCUGGAAAAGCUUCUGAUGGUCAGACCAGAGGUCCUGGAUCGGGAUUGGAGAUUGAGAUGCUGAAUAUACCUAGUUCUAGUUAUGAGGGCCUGAAGUUUCCAAUUGAAGGCGAACCUGGUUCUAGACACAACAAUAUUCCUAAAUACUGUGUGAUGCAUUCAGAUAUAAAGGACACUAUAAGCAUGUCUAGAGUAUUAUCUGCGACUCAAACUUGUAUGACUCGCUGUUCUUUGGACACUCAAGCAGAUUGUUUGGUUCAAAAGAUCCUUUGUGCUCUAAAACUGGAAGAGAACAGUUUACCCAAGGAGAAGGCUUGCACAUUUUUCACGUUGCUGCUGCUGAAUUUCUCUGCUUGCAAUUGGGGGAAAUUUGGAAGCUUUUCGGAUCAGGACUUUCUCUUCUGCUUAGAUUCUUUUGCCAAAGACAUAUUUGCAGUUGUCUCUGAUGUUGAGGCAAGAAACUUGUUUGCGGAGGUAUGUUGUUUGGAUGAACUGCUUGGCCUCAUUGAAGAAUUCCUCCUAGAUGGGAAACUGAUGAUAUAUGCAGAUCUAUCUUCUGAAUCAUUGACUGGAUGCGAUUCAAUGAUAGACAUCCUUCUGGAUGGUGUAAAUAUAAAAUUUGCCUCCAAAUCAGCUUCAGCUGACCUUUUAGUGGCUGGAAGUAUCAUACUAGCUUCAAUAUGUGCAGCAGUUGACUGCAUUGGAUUUCUUUGUCAGGCUUCAUACAGUCUUCUGCUGAUGCACAAAUGUGAUACUGUUUUUGUACUUACUAUUCUACACAUUUUUGCUUACCUGGCUGGAGAGAAGUUUUUCUCCCUGAGGGAGCACAAUUUGACAAUGACUGUGUUGAAAUCAACAAUAAUGUUUCUUGAAGGGGGGGAUUCACCAGUUGCUUCAGCAGCUUCCAGUCUUACCAGGUACAAGGGUGGAAUGUUCCAUCCAUGUACUAAAUGCCCAUUCUCAACAGAUGCUGUUUCCAUAGAUACUGUUACAUCAGUGCUCUUGGAAAAGCUUCAGAAUUGUGCUGUUUCUGGAAUCAUGCAUCAUCCAAUGAAAUCACCCAGCUUGUCAAAUUCCAAUGUACUAUGCUGUAAGGAUACAGACAAACUGAGUUUAAAUCAAGAAGAGGUUCAUUCUGCCCUUGAUAUGAAUUGUGAUACAUCCUGUAGUUUAAAAAAGUGUGUGAUGCCUGCGAGAUCAAAUUCUAUCAUGAAUGAGACCUUGUGUGGCCUCAGUGAUCUUCUAUCUUUGGUUGAGUUGCUUGCUUGCAAUAUGAGCUGGGAGUGGACCUGUAGCAAAAUUAUACCUGAGCUGUUGGAAAUGCUAGAAAGAACUAAGUUAGACAACUUCGCUGCUGCUGUAGUUAUUCUCCUUGGUCAACUUGGAAGGCUCGGAGUUUCUGCUUUUGGCUAUGAAGAUAAUGGAGUAGAUAACUUGAGGUGUAAAUUGUCUGGUUUUCUUUCACGGGAUGCUACCAUCAGAAUGGCUCUUCCUGUUCAAAUUGCUUUGGCCACUGCUUUGCUAGGUCUACUUUCUCUUGAUUUUGAGAAGCUUAUCCAGAGCAACUCUUGCCUCCCAGCAAUGUCACGCCAAUCCGUUUCCAUUGAUCAUAUAAGAAGCUGGUUUUCUUCACUGACCAAGGAGCAGCAAGCAUUGUCACUCAGCCUCUUACCAUCUUCUGAUGUCAGCUGAGACAAUUGCAUAGUUGCAAUAAGAACAUAUUACCAUCUGCAACAAUACUCUUCAAGUUUGAUGCGGGAGUUUCUCAAUAGCGAGUGGUUACCAAUUUGUAAUAUGGCUAAAACUAAAACAAUGUAGAAAUUUUUUCGGGAUUCACUUUUUUAGUAGGCUUUCCACUCUGAGAUGGAAUUCUCCAUAUAAGUUUUGUCCUUUUUUUGAGUUCUGAGUGGGCAGAAACUAGCGACACAAAUUUUGAGAUGUAGCUCGUGGUGAAAGCCUUUCUGUAUGAGUCCUGUCUCUUACCUCCAAUAACAUCGUAAAUUUUUUGAAGCA